AUGUAUAAAGAAGGUGAAGAUAGCUACGAGCAACUUGGACCUAGCGGAGCGGCACCUGCACCACCACCGCCGCCACCUCCACCAGACUUUCCGCCACCGCCGCCACCACCGCCUCCAGGAGCUGAGACGAAACCAAGGGAUGAGGCAAAAACGAAGACAAACACUGUGGGUCAAUUUGCUCUGAGGCCAGGCGAUGAUGUAGAUCUCAGUUCUGACCAUGAACGCGCCACUUUGACAGGCGGCGCAAUCAGUGAUGAGAAAAUGUCAAGAUCGAGGGAUAAAGAAAAAGACAAAAAGCUAGAAGAGAAGCCAUUUAUGCUGGACAUCAAGCCUUAUAAAGAGCCUACCAUGCUAAAAUUCUGUCACAUUGUCACAUUGUUGCUGCUAGUGUUAAGUUUUUUGCUAAUGGCACUAACAGUUGUGCAGUUCGUCGACAUCUUCGUCUGGUUACCACUUCUGUUUGGCGAUACAGCAUGA